AUAUAUAUUCAUAUAUUCACGUGUAGAAAUAGAAAUGGAGCUUAAGAAGAGGAACGCGAAUAACAAAUGACAAUGUAAUUUCGAUAUAGGUGGAAAUCUUUUGUCAAAUUCUGGGCAGUCGAUAGAGCAACAAGAUGGUCUGACAAAUUUCCACUUCCAUCCACGAGAAACAAGUCGCCGUUUAAUCGAAUUCGUAAUGAUUAUUCAGUGGCGAUCGAUGAUGGAUAAUUUGAGCGACAUUUACUAUCUCGUGCGGCUCAUCAUCCGCCAAGUUUCUAUAUACUUACGGGAUUUGAUUUUGUACAAGUUCUUCUGGAUAGCGACGAACAAUGAAAAUUUCGACAAUUCGGAUUCGAAACUUCGUAGUAUAACAUUAAGGAACGUUACCACGGAUAUCGUAGCCUUCUCCGUCAUCUGCAUUAUCCUUUUUCUACUCGUAAUCCUCGCGUCGAAGUGCGAGAAGGACGAAGUGCGAAACGUUUUCGAAUCUGCGGGAAUAGAAACAAUCACGGUGGAACAUCCGGAAGAUCAAUUCUGCGUCUCGAACGUAACUUCCAGCUCGACAAAUUGCGUUCACGCAUGCGGUGAUUCCAUUUUCUCCCGUGGACGGAUACAAAACAGGAAUUACUCCGACGAAGAUAUAUCCAGAGUUCGUUCGUCCAGCAAGAAAAGGAGCGCGAUCCCGAAGAAAUCGAUUUUCGGCUUGAACGUGGCCCAACCGCAGAAUUCUCAAAGCACCCAAACCACCGACAAAAUAUUCUACAAGAACAACCAAAAAUGGUUGAUAAGACGGACAAGGAGCGGCCAUAUCUACGGGAAAUAUCCAAUAUAGGGGAAACCGCGUCCAUCCUUUUUUUUGAUAUUUUUAUUUAUUUAUUGAAUCCAUUUUCCAGAAGGCGAAGAAAAGGAAAAAAGAAAAAGAGAAAAAAGAAGAUGUAAAAAAAAAACAUUCCACGUGAAAAUUUUCAUCGAAAUGAAAACAGAACUAGUCAUAAAGAUAGGGGUUAGAGUGAUGUUAUUGUUACUGAUUCUCUGGUUUAACAUUCCAGACAAUUAUCAAUAGUUUUAUUAUUAUCAAAGGUAAUGAAUCGCAGGUAAUGAAUCAUUUUUUUUCAAGGAAGGGGUUUGUCAAGCAAUACGAUUAAACAAUCGUGGAUCUAAAGGCAUCUGAAUUGUCAUCUGGAAUUUGUUAUUUGUGCUUUUUCUCUCUUUCUCUCUCUCUCUCUCUCUCUCUUUCUC